AAAUGCAUUCAGUGAGCGGCUCGACAUCAGUGCGCUGUCGUCUAUUUAACUGUUUACUCGUCGUUUUGUGUUGAAUUGAAAUUCUUGAACGUUUUCACUCUCGUUAUAGAUUUGGUCGCAAUCGUGUUUAACGAGCAAUGGAGUCUAUAACAGCAUUCUACAUUUUACUUGCCGUCACCUCAUCCUGGGCUGCAAAGUCUGAAAUGAAGCAAAACCAACAUGGUGUUUUUUUUAUGAACAUAGCUAAUUCUGGAGUUAAACCAUCAGUAUGUCCUCCACUUGGACUUGGAGUAAACUUUGAGGUUUCUACGAUACAAACAAGGUCGCGAAUGUAUGGUUGUGCCUAUUUGGAAAUAGAUAAGGUAGUAAGCUCAACUCCCCUAUUGAAUUUAUGGCUUGAACGUCCAGUGGAAACCAGCGUACAUGGACAUUGUGAUGACAUGACUAACAUGGAUCACUUCGAAUUUGAGUGUUUGUCAAACUACGAUCCGAUCGACAAUGCAGAAGAGAAAGUUCAUGAUUGGAAUUAUAUAAAACUAGUAGAACGUAGACCAUACUUGAAAAAUAGUAGUGAAACCAGCAGAACUCUGUUCUACAGAUGUGCCGUGUAUGAUGUGCAUGACUCCUCUGUUGAGGGGGUAAAAAUAAUUCGAAUGGCGAUUAGCGCACCAAGAGUAGGAGAUAUGCAUAGAAGCCAGUGCGAAGGUCUAUCGAAAACUAUGGGACAAGAUAAAUUACCAUUCGUUCCCGAGGGGCGACGACUUUGGCCCAAUGGAUCAAUGUAUAUAUAUAUGUUGGGAAGACCUUACUUUGAUCAAGACGACUCAAAAUAACAACGAAAUUAAAUCUAAUAAGAGGAUGGCACAGUUAUAACAAGUCGUCCAAUAAUUAAAAUCAUUUCAGCUACUACAACUACAGUCUACAAUAGUACCCACCUUCACAGAAGAUCACUUUUAUAUAUUUUUUUACUAUCUCAAUGAACUUAUGAUACAUAACAUUUAAAUAACUUUAAAAUUGUAUGUUUCUUUUUUUAAAUAAACGGAUUUUUAAACUUCAA